GGAGGAAGAAGAAGCAGAAGGAAUGGAAAGCCUGCAGAAAGAGGAUGAAAUGACGGAUGAAGCAGUUGGAGACUCAGCUGAGAAGCCUCCUUCUACUUUUGCCUCAUCUGAGACUGCUCCAGAAGUGGAGACCAGCAGAACUCCACCAGGAGAGAGCAUCAAAGCUGCUGGAAAGGGCCGGAACAAUCAUCGAGCUCGCAACAAGCGGGGAAGUCGAGCUCGGGCCAGCAAGGACACCUCCAAGCUGCUGUUGCUGUAUGAUGAGGACAUUCUCGAACGAGAUCCCCUCAGGGAGCAGAAGGACUUGGCCUUUGCCCAAGCUUAUCUGACCAGGGUACGAGAAGCCCUACAACAUAUCCCUGGCAAGUAUGAAGACUUCCUUCAAGUCAUCUAUGAAUUUGAGUCAAGUACCCAGAGACAGACAGCUGUAGAUCUCUACAAAAGCCUGCAAAUUCUGCUCCAAGACUGGCCUCAGCUGUUGAAAGACUUUGCUGCUUUCCUGUUACCUGAGCAAGCUCUGGCCUGUGGAUUAGUAAGUGAAUGGGGAAAAAAAGUACACUAGGACUUCUGGGUCAGAGUGAGACUGGGAUUGAAUGGGG